AUUUCAUUUCGACAACGAAGACUCUUCCUCUUCCGCUAUGUACAUACUAGACAAGAAGAUGAGGGAUUCCAUUUCACAUAAACUAAUUGAGAAGAAAAGACGGGAUCGCAUUAACAAAUAUUUAAACGAGCUGUGUCAUCUCAUACCUGCUACAGCUAACAGAAAAGGCAAAAUGGAAAAAGCUGAAAUCUUACACCAUGCCGUUAAACAUAUAAGAUACCUCCAAUCCCGUACUGUACCAGGACAAGGGCUUCACAAGUGGGAGAACAGCGAAAGAAAACAAACUGAACACAGAAGUAAUUAUAAAAUAUCAAUAUUGGGGAACUCGUCCGAGUCAGAAGUUCCUCGUGUGAUCUAUAGCGAUACAGUGGAAACAGGUGAAAAUGAAAUUGGUGAAAAUAAACCUCUGCGAAAUUUGAACAAUAAACUGUCUUCGAUGACGAUACCAGAAAGCCAAAUCUCGUCAAAUACCUUAUGUAACGGCGGCUGCAAAAAUGAGAAUAUCGACGCUAAUCUGACCACUGUUUUCGAGAAACCAGAGAAUAGUGCGAAAACCUGGAAGCUUCCACUAAAAAAGAGAGACUGGUCACGUUCACAGAUUUUAAAAACUAAAUCUAUCGACAAGAAAAAUAAUUUAUCAGAUGUUACACUGAAACAGGACAAUGUAACACAGACAACAGACACAAACGUGCCAUUGGUAAACAGUGGUUGUUUUGAUGGUCACGGUAGCCUUGGCAACGGUAUCAGUGGAAAAGUAGAAUCGGAUGUGCCUUCGAACAGCACGCUCCACAGAAAUGUAGACACAACUUCGGAUUCCAAACAUCAUUCUACUGGUUAUUCAUAUAUUUCUAAUAUCCAUCCAGUUUUGUCUCAAGGUGUUCCUGUGCUUGCGCUACAUCCCUCCGGUUCCCAUUUUGUUCCUUUAGCCAUCCACCCUACACAUCUUGCAUCGGCUAUUGAAAACAGCACUGAAUUUAGUCCUGUCAACGAUAUGGCACUUUUACAUCAACCAACGAUCGGUUUUCCGUGUGUACCGCCAAAUAUUUCCAGCAUAUCACAUUAUCCAUCCGUUCUACAAGAUCCGAACUUAACGCAUGUGCACGGCGCAUCGCCAUUUUCACCACCCCUUCUGAGUCGUCAAUGCCAGAACGCCCCCACAUGUACAAGGUUAUACUCCCUUUCGUCCAGUCUGCCUUGUUUGUCCAGUGCCACUUCUCACUCUCCAUUGUGUCGCAUCAAUUCUUCAAACCCAUGUCAUGAUGGCACACCAAUCUUACCUUGUAAUAUCCAUACAUGUCGUGAACACAUCGGGUCUCGAGUCCAUCUAUCACAGGAAACAAGACCAAUAUUUCACUGCUGACAAGUCUGCACAUUCCAAUCGAAUUUACGAAUUUAUUUCUAAAGAUUCAGGAUGUACAUUAAUGACAAGAAUUGUUUGCUUUAUUGCUUUCAUUUUGCAUAUUACACAGUAUACAAUGCGUUAGAAACGUUGUUAUGAAAGACUUGUAUAACAUUUACUCGGGAACAUCUUCGCACUACAUUCAAAUCCUCAAAUCAUUUUAUUGCCUAGCGAAGACCCCGAAUAUAAUUUGAAUUUUUGUACGAUUAAC